GCGGCGACGGAGGCUGCCGUGGGGAGGGAUGGAGAGAGGAGGGGGGAGCGGAGCCGAGCGGAGACAGCCGCGGCGCUGCAGAGCAGUUGGGGCGGCGGCGCGGCUCCUGGUGCUCCCCCCAGCGCCCGCCCCACGGCGCUAAGGGCCCGGCCCCGGAGGCCCCGGAGCCAUGGGCUGCAUCGGCUCCCGGACCGUGGGGAAUGAGGUGAUUGCAGUGGAUUGGAAGGGCCUGAAGGAUGUCGACCAAAUCAACAUGGACAGCACCAGCUCACUGCAUGGAAGCAGCCUCCACCGGCCAUCCACAGAGCAAACCCGAACUGAUUUCUCCUGGGACGGCAUCAACCUCUCCAUGGAGGACACCACUUCCAUUCUUCCGAAGCUUAAGCGAAACUCUAACGCCUAUGGCAUUGGGGCCCUGGCCAAGUCAUCUUUCUCAGGGAUUUCGAGAAGCAUGAAGGACCAUGUGACAAAGCCCACAGCCAUGGGGCAAGGCCGGGUGGCCCACAUGAUUGAGUGGCAAGGCUGGGGGAAGGCACCAGCCAUUCAGCCCCAACACAGCCACGAGGCGGUGCGCAGGGAUACAGAUGCCUACUCCGACCUCAGCGAUGGCGAGAAGGAGGCACGUUUCCUGGCAGGCGUCAUGGAACAGUUUGCCAUCUCUGAAGCAACACUCAUGGCCUGGUCUUCCAUGGACGGUGAGGACGUGAGUGUCAAUUCCACUCAGGAGCCAUUGGGCUGCAACUACAGUGACAACUACCAGGAGUUGAUGGAGAGUCAGGAUGCCCUCGCUCAAGCCCCCAUGGAUGGAUGGCCUCACUCCUAUGUGUCCCAGGGCAUGUACUGUCUGGGGUCAUCGGAUGCCUGGGAAGCAAGCGACCAGUCCCUCAUCGCCUCUCCAGCUACAGGAUCCUAUCUUGGCCCUGCAUUUGAUGACUCACAGCCUAGCUUGCAUGAAAUGGGGCCUUCCCAACUUGCUUCAGGAUACUCUGCUCAGGAGCCUCCACCUUUGCUGGGGGGAGACACUGACUGGGCUCCAGGGGUGGGCGGGGUGGACCUGGCAAGGGGCCCUGCGGAGGAGGAGAAGAGGCCAUUGGCCCCCGAGGAGGAAGAGGAUGCAGGAUGCCGGGACCUGGAGUCACUUUCCCCACGAGAAGACCCCGAGAUGUCCACUACUCUGAGCCGGAAGGUGUCUGAUGUCACAUCCUCAGGUGUGCAGUCCUUUGAUGAGGAGGAAGGCGAGGCCAACAACUAGCUUCCUCCCACUCCACGCCCUGCCUUCCAUGCCCACUUGAGGGGCAUGGCUGCAACACUACCCUCCCUUCCCCCAGCGGUACGGCUGAAACCUGGGCAGAAGACCUCGAGGAACCCGGGAGCUGCCAGUCCUCGCCAGGAAACUAGAGGGCCAGGAUGGGAUUUUAUCCAGGUUUACGCUAUAGAAACUACAGGUCCAGCGACUGAGCGACUAGAUGGCUGUGAACUUUGCUUGCCUGUGGGCUUCUGGGUCUGUGAUGAUGAAGCUCCAGUGUGUAUCAGAGGACAGGAGGACAGAGCGGCCCGUGGCCAUCAGCUGGAUCUCAGUUUUUCACUCCCUGAUUUCGUCUUCCAGGAGCCUGACUGUGGCUGUCUGAAGGCCUCCUUUCUUCAUGUCACUCUUGCUUUUUCUGACUCUGUUUUCUCUGGUUGUGGCCCCAGCUCAUCCCUACUAAGAGGAACAGACCUCAGGGGCUGUUGAAUGUGGCUCAACGGCACAGGGGAAGCAAUGUAAAGGCCAUGCCUCCUUAGUGGGUGGAGUGCCUGCCUCAGUGGGUGACGUGGCUUCUGAGACCAGGAGUCACAGAGGAGGUAGGCAUGGCCGCUGGGAUGCACUGGGGCACAAACAUGAUUCUUUCUAUCAAGGCCUGCCCAGAGACCGCAGAGUCACUGAUGAGACCAAAACAAACAUGGCCACUUGUUCUGGGACCUUGACUAUCCCAUGACUGAAAGGAGGAUCCCAAGGAUCUGGGAAGGACCCAGCGGGGCUGGCUGCUCCAGCUCUUGUGUCCCUUUUCUGCCUUCUUCCAUCCUCUGCUCUGGGAGCCCUGACCCUGAGGGGGCGACACAGAAUGCAGGUGUCCUGGCCAGGUGGGGAAGCAUGAGGGCUGUGUCUCCCUCCAUCUACCCCCCUAAUUCUCUGGAGCUGUUUACACUUUUCUCUUUGCCUUUUCUACAUUUUUAUAACUUCUUGGGGACUCAGGGUUGAGUGGGCUGGAGGGAGGAGUUUGGUGCUGUGAGGCACCAGCCUGGGUGGGUUGUUUGCUGAGGAGCAUUGUGGGCACUCGGCUCCUUUUGCCCCUUUGUCAGCUCCUCCCAGGACUCCAGGAGGGCCUCCCAGGCAUCCUCCCUCCCUUUUCCUUUGCAGGCCUCUUGCAGAAGGAGAGAGGAGGAUCAGAGUAGUCUUCCUUCCAGGAUGGGUUUGCAGUGAGGUGUAGGCCCCUGAAACUGCUUGCCCUCUCAGACCCAGUUUCCAUUGCGGUGGGGGCUUCUGCACACGUACGUGAAGCCCCAACACUUCUAUAGAUCCUGACGGCAGGGGACUGGUGCAGAGGGAAGAGGCAGCAGCUGUGGAGCUGGCCAGCACGCUGCCCCUCCCUGCUGCAGUGGUCCUCCAUCCCUAGCCCUUGGCAUAGGGAGAACCUGGGUUGGAGAAGGAAGCUGAGAGGGUCAUCGUCCUACCUGCCCUCUUCCCUCAUGCCCGUCUAAGGCUCCAGCUCCGAGGCCUUGUGUCCUACCCAAACUCUGUCAGGGGUCCUACUACUUUACACAAUGCUGGGAAGGGAGUGCUGUCACCCUCUCCCAGACCCUGGCCACAAACUACUCCCCACCCCCAGGCCCAGACUUCUAUUUCUUUGGAAUGAGGAAGUUGAGGGUUGGGGUGUUUCUGUCCAUCUGUUCCUGCCCUCUCCUUGAGUCCACACUUUCAUAUACACGUGCUCCUGAAAUGCGGCCGAGGCUGGGGUCCCAUAUCUUCCAGGGGAGGGGGAGAAUGGCUAGCCUGGGCUUGGUUCUUGGAGGAAACAGGAGUAGACAUGGUGGGCACGGUGGGUGCAGAGUCACUGACCUAAUCUGAAGCUCUCUGGAGAGAACACCACCUGUGUUUAAUCAUGUGACUCAGGAGGCACUAGGACCCCAUGUCUAGGAGCUCUGGGAAGUGGCCUACCAUGCCCUGGCUGGCUGCUGGCUCUGGCCCUAGACUCCUGCUUCAGGUCCUUGGGGUUCUGCAUGCUCACGGUUCCCUCCUCCUACAGGGUCCCUGUUUCCGCGCCUUGUGCCACCUACUCUCUCAAUGCAUCAUCUUUUCCUCUUGGUUUCAUCCCCUUCAUGUCCCUUAUUCUGCCCCCAGACCACAGCAGACAUCCACUCCAGUGAGUGGGUUCAUUCAUUACAGUUCCUUUUGCUCAGGGCCCUGUGGAGUUAGGAAAAGUAGAUUAAAGUAGCAUUGUCUCCUCCCUCCCUUCCCCGAGGAAGGCAACCAGUCUCUGCUGAAAGGUGGCUAAAACCAUGAAGGAAUCUAGCAGGGUUCAUACAUGAGUGGGGGCUAGGCAUCCCUGGGUGCCGGCACAUCACUACAGACCAGAGGUCAGGUGGGGGGUCUGCAGUUUUCAAGGAGCUCCCCUUCCGCUCUGGAGGGAGAAGACCCAAGGAGCUGGCCUGGGACCCUCUUAAGACUCUUGUAGAGGGAGGAGCUGCCUCUCUGGUGCUGGGGGCAGGGUGCAUGGGGUUUGCUUACAGCCUAUUUUAGGGGGAGGGGAGGGGCAUGUGCAGGAAGAGGCUGGUGGGGGGUGGGGGAGGGUUGCUUUUCCUUUGG